AUGCGCAGCUUGAGGAGCCCGUUGCUCGAGGACUUCCGGUCGAACCGCAACAGGAGCUGGGAGCUGUCGGACAUCAAGGGCCACAUCGUCGAGUUCAGCGGCGACCAGCUCGGCUCGCGCCACAUCCAGACCAAGCUCGAGAACGCGACGGCCGACGAGAAGGACCUCGUCUUCCACGAGAUCCUGCCCAACAUGCUCCAGCUCUCGACCGACGUCUUUGCCAACUACGUGAUCCAGAAGUUCUUCGAGCAGGGCUCGCAGGUGCAGAAGACGGCGCUCGCCAAGAUCCUCGAGGGCCACGUGCUCCAGCUGUCGCUCCAGAUGUACGGCUGCCGUGUCGUCCAGAAGGCGCUCGAGUACGUCCUCGUCGACCAGCAGAUCCGCCUCGUGCGCGAGCUCGACGGGCAGGUCAUCCGGUGCGCCCGCGACGCCCAGAGCAACCACGUCAUCCAGCGAGCGCUCGAGCGCGUCCCGCCCGAGCACCUCCACUUCAUCACGGACGCGGUCGUCGGCCAGGUCCACCUCCUCGCGACGCACCCGUACGGCUGCCGUGUCCUGCAGCGCAUCUUCGAGAACUGCCCGCCGCAGCAGACUCGAGGCCUCCUCGACGAGCUCCACCAGUACACGCAGAACCUCAUGCAGGACCAGUACGGCAACUACGUUGUCCAGUGGGUCCUCGAGAAGGGCGACCCGGCCGACCGCUCGCUCGUGAUUGCCAAGGUGUUCGGCCAGCUGUUACCACUCGCCCAGCAAAAGUUCGCCUCGAACGUCGUCGAGAAGUGCAUCGUGUACGGCGGCGAGGACGAGCGUGCGCGCCUGCUCGACGAGGUGCUCGCGCCGACGCCGGACGGCACGAGCGUCAUCAAGGCCAUGCUCGUUCACCCCUACGCCAACUACGUCAUGCAGAAGUGCCUCGGUACGGCCAAGGGCAAGCAGCGCGACGCCCUGUUCGCCGAGACGACGGUCCAGCUCACCAACCUGCGCAAGUACUCGACGUCGCACUCGAAGCACCUCGUCACGAUCGACAAGCUCCUCGCCGCCGAGCGCGAGCGCAAGGGCCUCGCGCCGCUCGGUUACCCGAACGGCCACGUCCACCAGCAGUCGCACGGCUACGGCGCGCCGUCGCCGCAAGGCUACCACAACGGCGGCAGCGGCUACGCCACGCCGACGUCGCAGGCCCCCUCUUACUAG